AUGGAAACAAAAACAUGGAUUUUGAUAUUGAGAUGGGUCAAUAUUGUAGCUGCAGUAGUAAUUGGAGCCAUGGGAAUCUACCAAUUAGUUACAUUUUAGAUGUUUUCAGAUUUUCAUUUCUAUGAAAUCUGGAGUAUAUUCACCCCAGUUUAUUCAUUGAUCUUUUGCGGCCUAUUAUUGGCUAUUGAAUUUAAGAAAGAUUUCAUAGCAGAUUAAUUUCAAUUCAUGAUGUCUUGCUUUGGAAGAGGCAUAUUUUACAUAUUUUUGGGAUCAGUAGUAUCGUAUUAACCAACAGGAGGAUCAUCAACAUAAGUAGCUGGAUGGAUUUGGGGGUUAACUUUGUGGUUAGUAGGAAUAUUUUAUGUGGUUAUUCAUUUCGUUGGACCCAAGAGUGCCACUGCUGGAUUAAAGGAUGUAAUAGUUUUCCUUUUAUUUUAGGCUGUCAGCGCAGAAUAUGGAACUGCUUGA